AUGAUUCUGGCCCACAGACGAUUCAGCUUUCAAAGCAGUCUCCUGUCACACAAGCAUCAAGCGAUCAAGAUCCGAAGACCGCCUUUGUGCAUUUUUCCUGCAUUAAUUCUUGUCCAUCUUGAUGCAAAAGGUGCAAAGCAUCCGAGGGCAGCCCAAGCAACACCGCUGGCGACCGCAUUGCGUGCGCCUCAUCCGCACAGCAUGCGCUCACAUGCGUUCUCUCAGCUCAGCUCUCGCACACCAUCCGUCUGCUUCCUUCCCUCAGACAUCUUCAUUCACGAGCAACAAACAGUGCAUAUACCAUUCCCUCUCUUCCAAACCCUCCCAAAACGCCUCGGUAUAUCACCGCCGAUCACUGCCAAUCCUGGUAUCAGCUUCAACAAGACCAAUUCUCCUGAUAUUUAG